GUUAAAACGCCCAUCAUUAAAGUCCAGUUAAAAGACGACAUCAGCAGAGCAGCACCGCUCCAGUAAACAGUAAACACAGCGGCGCUCUUUCGUGUACAGUAAACACAGAGGCGGCUCUUUCGUGUACAAUAAACCCAACGCCAGCUGUUCACUCCGGCACUCAGUGCAUCAUUAUAACAAGGACAGGAGACGAGCAAGCAACAACAGGUUGGAAAUGAGUUCUAAAGCGUCUCUGCCAUUGGCUGCUGUGUGCGUGUGGGCGGUUGCGAUUGGCUGGGCGAGCUGCCAGGACGGGGGGUCGUGUCUGAAAGGAGGGAAACCCGCUCCGGGUCCGGAACCGAAUCUGCAGGAGUGCCAACUCUACUCUGACAAUGCUUGCUGCUCCGCGGAUGAAGGUGUGAAGGCGCUCGGACUCUCCCCCGCCUCUCUCGAUGAUAUUUACUGGGACCAGUGUGGAUCUCUCAGCCCCAGGUGCAAGGGGUUCCUGAAACGGCUGGCGUGUUUCUAUCGCUGCUCCCCUGACGCGGCUCUCUGGCCACACCCUUCCCAACCCACAGCCAUCCAGGGCGCGCCGCUCUGUCUGGGAUUCUGCCAGCAAUGGUUCGACGCAUGUAAAGCUGACCUGACCUGCGCCCGGAGCUGGAUGAGAGACGCCCAGGGAAAGAACUGUUCUGCAAACUGCGUGACCUUCCAACAGAUGUACGGGGGAGGAAGGGAGCUGUGCCAGACUCUCUGGGGCGACUCUUUCCGCGCUGUGCCAGAAGAGGAGGGGUCCUGCGCCUGCCUAUCUCUCAACGCCUCGGACAGGGAGGUGACAGAGGCUCUGCGGGGGAGCCCUGAGGAACUAGACACUACCAAGACCGGGCUGCCUGUCCGCCCAGCCCCCUGCGGCCAGCCCCGCUCCACCACACCGCCCCCUCUCUCCAGGAGGAGACGCCGCAAGAGAUCCGUCUUCAUUGAGGACGUCGAAGGCAGCGGUAGCGGAUUAUAGAGCGUUCUGGAACUCCAGCGAGCAGGAGGGGGGGGGGGGGGGGGAUAAAUAAAGCAUUGCAUUCCUUCUUUAGCAUUUAGCAUUAGCUUUUAGUCAUUUCAAAAGGGCAGCUUGAAGGACAGCAGGCAGAGUUGAGCCUGUCUUGUAGAGUUAAUUAACCACCACAGAUGUAAAUCUUUAUUUUGACACAGAUCUUACAAUAAAGGCAAUCUCCUCAACCUAAAGACAUAUAUAAACCUCGCAUCACUGUUUUCCUUGAUAUCAGACUGCCUUCCUCUCUCUUUUGUGACGGUUGCAGUACAAUAGUUUUCCAAACAGGUCUUGUAAUAAGAUGCUACUGAAUCCUAAUCAUAACAAUAAUCAUACCCCGUAAACGCAACAGUCACACUUACUAAUAAAAUAAUAUUAGAACUCAAA